UUGUAUUUUAGAGGGAGAGAGAGAGAGUGGUGAGCCGAAUGUGAAACAAUGUCUUCUAUUAAUUUCCCGUACAAGAUUGAACUGCACGUUCAUUUAGAUGGCGCUAUUCGUACGGAAACAAUUUUAGAGACGGCAAGGCGACGAAAUAUAAAAUUUGAAUGGGAGACACUUGAGGAAUUAAAGUCCCAUUUGGUAGUGGCGAAACCCCCCUAUACAUUUAAGGCACUGUUGGAGAAAUUUGACACCUUCAUGCCUGUGGUCGCAGGCGACAGAGAUGCCAUAUAUAAGAUUGCCUAUGAUUUUUGUGAGGAUUGUAAGGCUCACAAUACUUUCUAUGUAGAAGCCCGCUAUUCGCCUCACUUGUUUGCAAACAAAAUGACAAACGGUGCCAAGCCACCUUACGCCGAAACAGAAGGGAACAUAACUCCAAAAGAAGUUGUAAACAUCAUUUGUAACGCAUUCGAAAAAGGAUCAAAAGAUUUUGGGAUAAAAGUAAAAACUAUUCUAUGCUGUGUUGAAUAUAACCCAGAAUGGUCAAUGGAAGUGUUCGAGUUGUGUAAGGAGUUUAAAUCACGUGGUGUGGUAGCCAUUGACAUCGCGUGUGGGGAUUUGGAACCUGGAGUUGAACAUGAAGAAUUGCAUACAAGAGCCUUCAAGCUUGCAUUUGAGCAUGAUAUACACAGGACAGUCCAUGCAGGAGAGAACGGAGCGGCAGCGGGCGUUAAACUGGCACUGGAUGAGAUGCACGCGGAGAGGAUUGGGCACGGAUAUCGAGUUGUUGACGAUCCGGAGUUGUACGAACGCUGCCGGAAACAAAACGUGCACUUUGAGGUGUGCCCCCUGUCUAGUGUCAAAACUGGCUCCGUCUCCCAGGAUCUGGACAAACACCCCCUUCACAAGUUCAUCGACGAUAAUGUGAAUUUUUCGAUUAAUUCGGAUGACCCUAUCGUCCUUGACAAUGACCUUACUCAGGACUAUGAGAUGGUUAUGGAAAUGGGACUGGACAAAGAUCACGUGAUCGCAACGAUAUUUCACGCUGCCCGGUCCUGUUUUGCUUCACCGGAAGAGAAGGAACAAAUUCUGAGGGAUCUGGUCAAAGUAUACGGAGACAAAUUUAUGAAGAUGUGAAACCGGAAGUAUUGGUCAGACGAAAUCCAUCUUCAACAUAAAAUAUCCAUCAAGACGAUGAAGCCUAUGUCACAUACUUGAACUAUUGAAAAACGUUUUUAGAAUGUUAAAUGUGUAUGAUUUUUUCAAUCUGGAUAUUAAAAUAUUAAUAAAACCUUCUUUUUGGAAAUACAAAAAUAGACAAAUCCUAUCUAUUCAAGAUGUUUAACUUCUUACUUUGAUCUUACUAUAUUACUUAUUUGAUGAACUGCACUAAAUGAAAAAAAAAGAUAAGAAAAAUUAAAAAUGUACAGUUGGCUUGAUUCGUUGUUUUCCAAGGAUUCUUCUGACGAUCACACUGAAUAAAAAGUACAUUAAAGUU